AUAGACUCUGACACUUGUUAAUAUUUUCACCUCUCAUCUAAACAAUUCGUUACACAAAAUGAUUAAGCCAUAAUCAUUGAUUAUUUAUUCUUCCUUGCCUUGGUGUCCUUCUUUCAUCGUCUAAUUAGUAUCAUCAAGAGCUCAACUUCUAAUCACACAGUCCAGUAUACUACUAGCUAGCCACAACUCUGAUGUUGACUUUGUACAGUCAAGAGAGCUCAUCAACAGAGAUCACCACCACCACGAGUACCGAUGCUUCCGAUAGCCGGGACGAGACUCCACCGUCUGAGACCGUCGUGAGAGAUAUUCACGCUAUGACGACCACCGAGCUUCCACGCCCACAGCAAAGAGGAGGACACUUGUCUCCGACUAGGUCUGUGAACUUUAGCGACGGAGCUUCUUCUGCCGGAGAGAACUUCACCACCGUGAGCAGAGAGUUCAACGCUCUAGUCAUCGCGGGCUCUUCCAUGGACACCAACAACAACAGCAACGGGAACAACCAAUCCAUAAGUCAUCGUGACGUCAUAAACGAGCUGACUAGGAUCAGUGAAGAUGAAGACGGUGGUGGUGGUGAUCAGCAUCAUCAGGUGCCUGAAGAAGAUACAAACCCGUGGGCGAUCGUACCGGACGGUUACGAUAACCGGGCCGGUUCGGAGAAUAUUGUGACGACGACUUCAUCAAGUGGUCAGAAUCGGAUGGUGACGGCUGCCUCGGUGCAGAGGGUGAAGAGGGAUGAGGUGGAAGCUAAGAUAACAGCGUGGCAGACGGCGAAGUUGGCUAAGAUUAAUAAUAGGUUUAAGAGACAAGAGGCUUUUAUUAACGGUUGGUUAAAUGAGCAGGUCCAUAAAGCUAACUCUUGGAUGAAGAAAAUCGAGAGGAAGUUGGAAGAAAGGAGAGCAAAGGCGAUGGAGAAAACACAGAACAAAGUAGCCAAAGCUCAGAGGAAGGCGGAGGAGAGGAGAGCGACGGCGGAAGCAAAAAGAGGUACGGAGGUUGCUAGGGUUCUUGAAGUCUCUAAUCUCAUGAGAGCCGUGGGACGACCUCCGGCCAAACGUUCAUUUUUCUCUAUCUCCUAGCUAAGCGACGUUUCACUCCAUCUCCAAGUAUUUCUUUUUCUUGUGUAUAAAUAAUAUAUAUAUGCUAUAAACGUACCAUAUUAUACUGGGAAUCAAUGUGUAUAAAUAGAAUGUAAUAUCUAUUGUAUGUUUUCCACAUAAGGUUAUUAGCUUACAUGUAUCGUUUUGUCAUUCCAAAACUAGAGCACUAGUUGGGGGAAUUUUAUCAAACUCUGAGAUGCCUGGUUUGAAUAAAUUGUAACUAGACUAGGAUGAUUAUUCUUUUAUACUUUUCAUACCUAUCCUAUUAUAUUUUAUGAAAGUUGAAAUGUAAUAGUGCGAAAUGUGAAAUGUGAACUAAAUGAUCUCUUUUUCAGAGAUCUCA